AUUUGUUUUUAAUUUUUAAAUGACAACGUUGCUGCUGCUGCGUGCCUGCCGACGGCCAAACAUUGCGGCCACCUACACCAAUGGCUACUUACGGGCAAGCACACCAAACGGCACGCCCGAUCGUCGCCUGGCAUCAACAGAAGCGGCGGCGGCAAGUGUGCAACUCGCCAAUUCUGGCGAUCUAGUGGGAUUUUGGCAGACUCUAUCAAAUAGCACUCCAGUUGCCUAUAUGCAGGAUGCACUUAUCCAGAUCCACGACUACAGUAACCUGCCCUGGUGGUCCUCCAUUGUGCUGUCCACGUUCCUGUUUCGAGGUGUCAUCACGUUGCCGCUGACGAUUUACCAGCAAAAAAUUACUGCACGCAUAGAGCGGAUAGCCUUGGAAAUGCCAGCUCUAGUGGAGGAGCUAAAGCGUGAGGCGGCGAUGGCUAGGCAGAAGUUCAAGUGGAGUGACAAGGAAACGUCAAUCGUCUACAGGCGUUCGAUCAAGAAGCAAUGGCAAAACCUGAUAGUGCGCGACAACUGCCAUCCAAUGAAGACAAUCAUCGUGCUGUGGGGUCAGAUUCCUCUGUGGAUUUUCCAGUCCGUCGCCCUUCGCAAUUUGGUUUACAUGCUGCCGGAUCCGACCACAUUACAAGCCCAGAUUACCGCCACAGAAAUGACAAUUGGCGGAUUUGGCUGGAUACCAAACCUCACUGUGGUGGACAGUUCCUAUAUACUGCCUGUGACCCUAGGCCUCCUCAAUCUGGGCAUCAUAGAGCUCCAAGCCAUGACGAGAACACGGCCGCCCACACGUCUGCAGAACAUUGCCAAUCAUGUGUUUCGCGGACUGAGCGUCGUUAUGGUACCAGUGGCCUGCACCGUGCCCUCGGCUCUCUGUGUGUACUGGGUGGCCUCCAGCACCUUUGGUCUGGCCCAAAAUAUGUUGCUUCUCUCCCCUGAAGUGCGACGGGCAGUGGGAAUACCCAAAACCCAAACGGAACUGAGCCAACCGUACGACCAGAUCUGGCUAAAGAUACAGCAAAAAGUGAAGCUCGCUCCGCCGCCUGCAGAUAAGCCGACAACCAAGUGAUCCAAUCCCCAUAGAACCAUAGCCAUAGUCAUCUAUCUAGUCUAAAUUAGGUGAGACUUAAGUUGUUUGUUAAAUGCGUUGAACGUUGUGUAAAUAUAAGCAGAGCAGCCAUAAAAUGCAUCAAGAGUA